UUAAUCAGCACAGGAUAGAAGAAUGUCAUGAACAAAGAAGCUGUCCUCGCAAACAACUGCACAUUUCUCCAGCAAUACAAUCACUCGAUAGCUGACAAAUUCCGAUACCAGGGCAACACGCAAGUAGAAGCAGCAGUAACAAUACAGAGAUUCUACAGGGCAUACGUUGCUCGUAAAGUUUUCUCCAGACUUCUAGCUGAAGAACUUAACAAGGAAGAAGAAGAGUUUUUCCAACGAGAAUUAGAGCGAGCAUCAGAGUCAACAGUAUGGCUGCAAAGGUCCAAGUUGAAGCGGAAGUUGACUGAAAAGGAAACUGUAGAUAAGAACAUUGCAAGAAGAAGAGAACAAAGUGCUAUAUGCAUCCAGCGACACUGGAGACGAUGGAAGAGUAAGAGCACGCGCGUGCCGGUUGACUUCGACCCAACGUUCGUCUCAAUUUUAGAAGAAAACUUCCCAGGCAUCUGUGACCAAUACUCUAUAUCUACUACCAGCAUGGUUUUCUCUGGUUCACCCAGGAUCUCACACCUGUCUUCCAAUCAGAUCGUUCGGAAAAUAAUUCCCAAUAACAACAACAUGUCUCUGUUUAACGAGAUUGACUCAGAGUAUACGUUAGAGUUAGAAUCAGAUAAAAGUGACUCAGGCACGAUCGGUGCCUUGUCAGAGUUUGAAACUCCAAUUCCAGCUAAACGACCUCUCAUUCAAACAUCGUAUGUGUUCGAGAAGGAAUUGAGGGAAGAUUUCGAUAACCCCUACUACAUAGACUCUUCCGACGAGGAAGAAGAAGAAGAAGAAGAAGAAGUUGAAGAGGAAGAAGCUAGACCAGUCAAACUGUGUUCCAGUCAGAGUCUGGAGUCCCGAGUCUCGGAGGGGAGUCUGGGAAGCACGGGCCACGUGUGUGACAGUGGAUUUGAGGACGAUACCCGGGGCAGCUCCUGCUCCCUUCCCAGACCCAGUGUCUGGACAGGGGUGGAGGAAGUUUCACCUGACAGAAGGGACGUUCUCACUCGACCUGCUGCUGUUCAGAUGUGCUUUGUUGAGGAAGUUUCGGAUGAUGCCGAGGAUGUGUCAGAGGAUCUCAAAGGUCUCAGUAUCAAUGAUUUCCCGGACGUUAUCCCUCAAAACAAGCAGCUCACGAAAACCUCGCAGUGCUUAAGCGAGAGCAAUAUCGCAUCCUCUAAGCUAAGAGCAGACACCUCACCGAGCAAGCGACCCCGGAGCUACGGAGGUGGAGACAAGCCCGACAUGAGCGAGCUGAAACAGGGCUGGACCAACAGCGCUCAUCUCAUGACGGUUCAACAGUUACUGAACUGGAGGAAUGUUAUGCAGUGCAACUUCUCCAAGGUUAAUUCGGAGCUGAUGGAGCAUUUGGCGGAUAGAGAUGGGCUCCAGGAACAACAAGACUUGAUGCUCCAGCAAAUAUUCACUCUGAAAAAUAUGAACACAAACGGAGAGGUAAAGCCAAAAUCAGAGCCAGAAAAACAGACGCCUAAUUUCAAACGAAGAGUUUCAUCUCUAUUUGGGAAAUGAAAAUACCGACUGUACAUAAGUACAUUAGACGAUGGAAUAUUUCUAAUUUAUUGAUUUUAAAAUCAAGCGAGACAAACUGAUAUGUUACGAAGAAGAAGAAGAAACUAUGACGUAAUCACCGAUUUAAUCACCGAUGGCGCGAACGAUUAAAUUGGGUUGUAUAAUGAUGAUAAAUGAUAAAUGAUAAUGUAGGAAUGACCUAACGGCAGGUUAUUUCUAAAGCAAAUUUUAAAAUGGUAUUUGUUAAGAUCUAAGACGUUUUCAAAUGAAUGAUUUAUUUAUUUUUUGCCAGAAAUCUAGAGGUUUAAUUUAAUGAGUUAUAUUUUUAUAUUUCCGAAAAGGUGUGGCUGUCAUCGGAGGGCUCGAGUCUUUUUUCCUCGACACGUGAUACUGAUAGAAAUCAGCGUAUACAUAUCUGUACGCUGGCUGGCUAGGAGUGGACACGUAACGACACAUAUUUAUUCUGCCCUCGGAAAAAAUCCACGCCAAUUCAAAUAUUUGAAGGUUUUUAAUGAAACGAAAUCGAUACCAGUUAUGAAAAAGGAAAUGAUUUGCUUCUUCAUCUCUUUUCCAAACAGUUAAUAUAAUGUACAUACUUGAAAGGAUGUUAGCUUUAUAAUUAUCCUGAUGUUGUUGACCAACCUCGCCCAAAACUUAAAGAUAGAUUCUAGAUGAUCAGAUUCUUAUUGGACAGAUAAGAAGAUAAAUGAACUUUGACUGUCAUUAUUACGUUUUCUCCGAAUACCAGCAGAUGUGAAGCUUGUAGGAAGAGACGCUAUAAUAUGUCAAUUAUUUGUUAUACAAUUUUCAUUUAAUUGUUUUUCACAAACAUCUUAAGAU